AUGAUCAACAACAUGUCACCACACACUUCCUUCCUUCCUUCGUCCAUCAACAUGGAUGAAAGCAUCACCGCCGCACUCCCUCUUUGGGACGCGCCUGUCGCUGCAUGGAAAGAUGUGUUCGCCGUCGCCCUUCCGGCGCUCGUGGUCGGUCGUUGUCGUUCUGCCGCUUGUCCGCGGAUGAAGAGUCACCGAUUCAAGUCUAUCACAAAAGUUAGUGGUCAGACUUUUCAAGUCUGCCACAAAAGUUACCUCCGUCGCCGGCGCCUUCAAGUCUAUUACAAAAGUUAUGUUCCUGGCCUCGGCAUCCCGGACAUGACACUUCAAGGCACCGGCGAGAUCCCCAACCCGCUGUUCCUCGGUGGCAAGAGCGAUGAUUCCCCGGCGGCAAGAGCGAUGAUGAGGAGACAGUCUCUGCUGCGAACAGCGAGCGCUGAUACCACAACCGGCAGAAUGGACGUCUUACGCGACCAAUAUCAAGACUUAACGACCCUUCAUGAUCAUACGAUAUACUUUACGACAGCCAGACCCACCGGCAUGACGGCAUGUUAUUUGCUGUCGACCCGCGGGUCAAAAGCACUUGGGAGUGCGCCCACCAGGUCGGGGCUUUAUGCCUUGGCCUGGAGGGUGCACUCUCAAGUGGUGCGAGGUCUUGGCAACACAUACAGAAGCUUCAUGAUGUCGAGUCGUCCUUCAAGCAGGCCAUCCAUGUCCAACAUCAAGUCAAGCCACAGCAUCAUCGUCGUUGUCCAUCAUCAACACAAGCAGCAAUAUCAUCAUCGUUGUCCAACAUCAACAACCCUCCACCUCAUCAUCACACUCCAACAUCAACAUCAACAUCAACAAGCCUCAACCUCACCACCACCCUCCACCACCACACCAACACACCAUGGCGGGGCCUGCCACAAGUGCCCGUGGGUACCACGAGAACGCCAAACGGUGCAGUGUCGUAAUCCAGCAUCUGCGGGCUUUCUGCCGCGUCGGCAAGACCCAUGA